UCAGAUUUGGGGCUGGAAGAUUUGGACAAAUUAGAAGCAAAAGGUCAGGCGGAAAAUACAAAGAGAGCCACUUCCUGGGGGAUCAAAAAAUUCGAGAAAUGGUGCGACAAACGAAAGCUGACAGUUGACUUCAAUUGUGUAACACCGGUUGAGCUAAAUGAAUUACUCCGGAAAUUCUACGCUGAAGUUAAAUCGGAAAAAGGCCAACCGCUAACACCAAGUACUCUAACUGGUAUUCGAGCUGCGAUCCACCGACAAUUGACUUCAGCUCCGACAAGAAGGAGUAUGAAUAUUAUGCAAGACAGCGAAUUUCUUUCAGCGAACAAAAUGUUUGAAGCCAAGUGCAAGCUGUAUACAAAAGGGAUGAAUCCUAAACCCAUGCACAAAUCUUCGAUAGCAGCUGGAGAUAUG